GGUGCGGACCGGCGGGCGCGCGGGCGCAGGAAUGUGCGUUCCAGUUAAAUAGUGGGCGCAGGGGCGGCCGCCGCGGCGGCGGCUUGAGGGACGAGCCGAGCUGAGCCGAGCCGAGCGGGGCGGCGGGGGAGCCUCCAUGGCGCGGCGCGGCUGCCGGGGCGGUGGCAGUGGCGGCGCGGCGCUGCUGUGACAGGAGCUUGGCAGCUGGGACCGGUCUUCCCUCCCGCCCCACUCCCGAGCGGGGGGGGGGGCGGCCCGCGCGGCAGCGCUCGGUGAGCGGAGCCGUGGCGGCGGCGGCGGCGGCGGCAGCGGCGGCGGCCGGGGGUAGCCGGCGUGUCACCGCCUCUAUGAUGAAAUUUAAGCCGAACCAGACGCGGACGUACGACCGGGAGGGCUACAAGAAGCGGGCGGCGUGCCUCUGCUUCCGCAGCGAGCGGGAGGACGAGGUGCUGUUGGUAAGCAGUAGCCGAUACCCCGAUCAGUGGAUUGUACCGGGUGGAGGAAUGGAACCAGAAGAAGAGCCAGGGGGAGCAGCCGUCAGAGAGGUGUACGAAGAGGCUGGUGUAAAGGGAAAGCUAGGCAGACUGCUUGGGAUAUUUGAGCAGAACCAGGAUCGGAAGCAUAGGACAUAUGUUUAUGUUCUUACUGUGACGGAAAUACUGGAAGACUGGGAGGAUUCAGUUAAUAUAGGAAGGAAAAGAGAAUGGUUUAAAGUAGAAGAUGCAAUCAAGGUCCUUCAGUGUCACAAGCCUGUUCAUGCAGAAUACUUGGAAAAACUGAAACUGAGCUGUUCACCCACUAAUGGAAACUCUGUGGUUCCCCCUCUUCCAGAUAAUAACUCCUUAUAUGUCACUUCUGCACAGACUUCUGGGUUGCCCUCUACUGUGAGAUAAACAUUUGGAUUACCUUUUUAUUCAUGUCAUCACAAGGGGAGACAUCUGUGAUCACAUGUAGGCAUCUGUAUAACUGUCAAUUCUAAGUGAAAUAUGUGAAUGUGUCAUAAUGUCAAAUUUAUUUGAACAUGUUUUUCCUUUUUAACAAUGUAAAAUAGUAUUUCAGCAAACCAAAGCCAUAUAUGGAUUUUUUUUUUAAGAUGCCUUAACAGGCCAUUUUUAAAAAAAAAAAAAAAAAAAGAAACUUGAGUAUAUAAGUUUCCAUAUCUGCUAAAAUAAAAUAAGCAUCUCAGUGGUGUUCAGCUUAUUUAAGACUUGCCAGUUUUAGUCAGUAGUUCUGCAAGAGUACUUGCUUAGAAAAAAGCUUGAGCAAAUAGUCUUAUACUAAACUCUUAUUUGGUAUCCACAGAUGAAGUGCUAAGAUCUUAAGAUGGCAGUAUUUGGGUAAAUGGGUGCAUUGAAGGCAGAGAUGCGUAAGUGUGACUACAAUAAAGCACUAAACCACAUUCAGCCCGUCGAGAGCAAAGGAUACCGACACUAAGCACUGCUUGCCUCAGUUAUCCAAAAGGUUGCCUUGUCCUAUGCAGUCUUCAUGUAAUGUAUAACUAGAGCAAGAACAAUAAUUUUGUCUUGCAACUACCAAAACUAUCCACUAUACUUCUGUUUCAUCACUUGGUCAGCUGACGAACUGUCAGAAGACUUACAUGAAAAGCAUUGUAGAUGUCUUUGCCCAUUUUUUCCUUUUAGCAUUUUGAUAAUGUUUUGUUUGUGUUGUAAUAAUACUGCAGGUUCCAAAAACUUGUAAGCUUCAACAGAAAGCAUCUUAUGUAGUGUUCCUGCAGUCUGUUGUAAUCUAAAAAUGUUCAGAGGAAAGAAAGACUUACCCAAGGGGCACCCUUACGUUACAGAGGUGUCUGUUAGCAAGCACGUGUUGAGGUGUCUUGCUCAGCAGGAACCAGUAGUGGUACCUCCUGGGCUUGGAGACAGGUGGGUUGAUACUUACUUUACACUAGUGGAGAAAUAAUAUUCCUUUGUCUUAUUCAGAAGGUGUGCUGAAAGCCCCAAUUUGAAGUUAAUUCUUAAAUGCUUCAGUUUUACUGUUUUAACAUCAAUUGCUUUAGCUCCUUGAAUUAAAAGCUGGCCUCUUGAUAAAAACUUAGUUGGAAUAAAUGAGGUACAGCUGACAACUUCCCUGUUCUUAAUUAUUUUCUCCUCUUUUUCAGCCAAAAAGAUGAAAACAAAAUCCACUGUCGGUCUUAAUGUUUUUACCAUAGGAUUACUCUCUCUGUGUAUGUGUGUGUGUAUGGUUUCUUCUAUAAGAAUGCAAUCUAAUUCAUGUGAACAUCCUAAUUCUGACUUUUUUCUAGGAUCUAAACCCAACUGUACCUCCUCUAUAGCCAGCCAAAACAGAGGUUGAGGUAGACCAUUACCUCACAUGUGAAGUUUAUUCUGGGUAAAGCUCAUUCUCGUACACAACAUUUAAACCUUUGUAAAUAGUCCAACUAGUAAAUAGUGAGUGUAAAAUGGAAAAUAAAUGUAAUUUAAACCUUUUGUUACUCAAUACACAAAUGGUUAACUUCUACUUUUUUAACACAAAUUGUGUAAAAUGCUGCUAUGAAUUUUUUUGUGCUGUUACACUUUUUUAGGAAAAAAUGUUGUUGCCACAAGUUACUCCUUAGAAAACCAAUCUUGUGCCAUAUGUAAAUGCAGUGAAACUAAGGAGACAGAUGAUCUGAUCUCUUAAUGCUGCUCUCUUUGAAGAGGCAUAAAUACUACUGACAAGAGGCAUGAGCCACAGAGCUGAAGACUUCUGAAAUGUUGGGUAGGAUGCUGCUUUCCAUCCCUGUAUCUCCUAUUCCAGGUCGCUUCCAGAACUGGAAAAGAACACACGACUCUGUUCAGGUGCACCUGAAGGUGGAAGUAUUGCCAACAGCUUACCCAGCCUUUCAGUCGGGAGGUGGGGGGCUGCGGAAGGAGUGUUGAUAUUUCAGUAGCGCGCACAAGCGUAUGCCUACUUUACAUGGAACCUACUGCAGAUUGGGACACAUUUGCUCUGCUCACUUCUUUAAACUGAAUCGUCUAUCAAAAGCACUGUUUUGCCAGGUGAAAGAGAAGAAGGUGGAGUUGAGUGUGUUGAAGAAUGUCUAAUCUUUGUUAAAAUCAUACCCGCGGUGUAUAAGGGUACCUCUGGCUCUAAAGCUGCCUUUAAAAGAGUGAAUUAUUUAGCUCCCUUUUUUGAUCACUUUGCUCACUUUUUUUGUUCAGUAGUCAUUUUUACACUUUAAAUUGAGCAAACUUGUACAGGCUUUCUUGUAACAAGAUUAUAUAGAAUCUGUGAAAGCUAAAACAAGAAUCCAGAGUUUGAGUUCUUAUUCAUAAAAACUGCUUCUGUCUCCGUUUCAGAUUCUUGGAAUGAAACCAAUCCAAGCUUGUAUGAGAUUUAGUGGUAAUGCAUGAUCUUAUUUUGUAACUCUUGAAUUAUGUAUUUGAUAAUAAUGUAAAAAUGUACAGUAUUGCUGUUGCUAACAAACUCAGAGUUGAUUGCCUAUAAAUAUUUUGGUUAUUUUUUUGGUCAUACACAUUUGAGCUGUUCAGUAAUGCCAGACAGAUAUUUUUUUUUUUUUAAACAGCAUUUGUUGUAUAAAUCUCUUCAGUCUCUAUGCAACCUUCAGAAUGAAGCUGCAUUGCUUAGUUUGACUUCUACUCCCUUUCAAAGAUAAAUGUUCUGUGAAUUGUAAAGGUAAAGUGAAAACACUUCAGUUAUGCUACAGGGAACAACUGUAGUAAACAGGCAGUGGUACGGCUUCAGUCCUAAUGAAAUCUGACACUAAACUUCAACAGCAAGGGUCUGUGUAAAAAUGGGAAUAGGAAGGCUAAAGUUUUUUCUACUAUCUAUCAGUUUAAAUGUAGAAGCGUUUUGGUUUUACAUUCAUCUCUAUUUAGAUGGGCCAAACCUAUUUCAUACAAAGCAGAUUUGGGAUUUUUCUCAUGCCAUAAGUUCUGUAAAAUGUAUCCAGAUGUGGUUCUCUAGAGGAGAAAGGGAAGAGACAGGUUGUCAUCUGCAACUUUCAAAAAGUCUAGUUUGCACUGCUGCUUUUCCUGGCUGUUAGGUUUUGAGAUUAUCAUGAGUUAGAUUAUGGUGGUAUCAAAUAGAAAUAGCCUUAAAGUUUAAAAUCAUGUGGAGCCAGAAUUACAUUAAAUGGAUGUGCUUUUAAACACCACAAAAAAUACCAAGGUAUUGUAGAGAGGCUCUUAAAGUGAAAAUCUUAUUUUGGUGCUUACUGCACCCUGACUUAGCCUAGCAUUGGUCUGUUAACAAUGUGCUGUGAAAAAAAAAAAAAAACCUGAGGCAAACACUUGGUUUACUUACCAACAUGGUUUGUGAAGUGAAAACUGAAGGGAAGGGGUUGGGGGGGGGGAUGGGGGGAGCAAAUUAAGUUGUAAACAUUUUGACCUGCUUGCAUGGAUUUUCUUUAAAGAUUGAUGUAAGAAUUUUGACUUUUUAUAUUUGAGAAAUACCAGAAUAAAAUCUAAAUUAGUCCUGUG